UUGUAUUUAUCGUCGUCCUUCUAAUACGUUCACUACUUUUGCUUUGCAUUAAAUUUAAAAAGAGUUUUUUUUUUUUUUGUUUUUUUUAGCAAAAUUAAUUACAGUUAGUAAAUUAUUGCUCAAAACGCUCAUCAAUCAGAAGUAGAAACUAUUUAUUAAAGACGGAAAGCGCUUACAGAAAAAGCUGAAAUAAAUUCGAUCUUCGAUAUAUAAUAAGUCAUAGCAUCUUAAUAUAAGAAUAUGGUGAAUUUGGAUGAAACAAAAAACUUCAACGAUGUAAUGGAUAUGAUCGAUUUUCGUAUUAUUGAAGAGCAUCCAAUUGAGAGACGUUCGCCAACGAAAAGGAAGAAAAAUAAAUUACCCGCACAACGUUAUGGAAAUGCGUUUAGUGAGGAUCCUCAUCUGCGACCACAGCGGCCAUUGAAUCCAAUACGUUCCGCUUUACGUGAACGAACAUUAUUUGCACGUAAGCUAAAACAGGGUCGCGUAUUAUUUAAUUUUAUGGAUCCUUCCGCCGACAUUGGAGGUAAAGCGAUUAAAACGGGCGUACUUAGCAACUUAGCCGUCUAUCUUGCGAACGCCAAAGGCAUACUUACUGAAGGUAUGUUUUAUGAAGUAUUGGGCAUGAUUUCAGCGAAUAUAUUUCAUCCGUUGCCGCCUCAUCAACGGAUAGAAGGUGAACGUAAAGAUAAUGUUAGUGUUGAAGAAGUAUGCUGGGAACAUUUAAUGCUCGUUUAUGAAGUUUUUUAUUGUUUCGUACAUCAUUCAGGUUUCGACAAAGGUUACGCCCACGUCUAUAUGGAUAAGAAAUUUCUUAUGAAACUUAUUCAACUAUUUGAUACGGAAAUUGAACCUGAACGUUAUACGUUAGCCAAUGUUCUAUCGCGUAUUUUCAAAAAAUGUCCUACACGCCGCGAAUUUAUUAGAAAGACCAUCGUCGACAUAUUCUUAGCUCAUAUAUAUGAAGGAAGAGAAUUUAAUGGCAUAUCUGAGUUAUUACAAAUCUUUCAAUUAGUAAUUAUGGAAUUCAAAUCAAUUCUUAAGUACGAAUACUUUGAACUUUUAAUGAGGGUUUUGUUACCUUUGCAUAUUAAUCGUCUCUUAUCUAUAUACCAUAUUAAUCUAUCCGGUUGUGUUGUUUUAUUUGUUAAGAAAUUCUCAGUACUCACAGAAAACGUAAUCAAGCAAUUACUACUAUUUUGGCCGCAAAACUCAUCAGAGAAGCAGGUUAUCUUUUUGGAAGAAAUUGAUACCAUACUUCGACUUAUCGAAUUAAGGGAGUUUCAAGGCAUACAAAAGAUUCUGUUUCGUCACUUGGGUAAAUGUGCAAACAGUCCACAUAUGUUGGUUUCUAAAAGCGCUCUUCGAAUCUUGAGAAGUGCUCAUGUUCGCGCUUUAGUUGAGCAAAGCAAUGUCUGCAUACUGCCUAUAAUUGUACCGGCCUUGUAUCAAACUACCAAGACACAUUGGAAUGAAUUCAUUGUAUGGCUAGCUAUGGAUGUUUUAAAAGAAUACCUGCAAUGGAUUGGAUACUCAUUCUAUCAAUUAACUUAUCAAGAUCACAAAGAACUAUGGAAGGCAUUGCAUAGAGUAGCAGCUAAUGCGUAUGAGGAGAAUGCAAAUAAUGAUGAAGGUCGGGCGUCUCCGACAGCGCCACCGUCAUUCAUUCAAAUGAAUUCAGCAUUAUUUGAACAGUUAUUAGCCGAAUAUACGGAAAGGCAACUGCAACGUGAUAUUGAAGAAUCGCGAACAAGAUUUAUGUCGCAGUAUACUACCAAGGGUGGUCCAAAACUUUCACUGAUACCACUUGAUGAUACAACAAGUAGUAGUGAUAGUGUCGAUACCAUAUUAUCGGAAAUUGCUAACAACAGUGUCCUACAGUCGAAAGUUCACGAAGAUUCAGAACAAAAUCAGUCAACAGAGAAGGAACAACAACAAUUUCAACAUGAUCAACAACAUCAGCAGGAGGAGCAAGAAAAUAAGGAAGAACAAGAGAAGCAUCAAGAAGAAGAACAAGAAUACGACGAAGAAGAUGAAUACGAUGAAGAAGAUGAAGAAGAAGAAGAGGAAGAAGAAGAAGAAGAAGAAAAUGAUGAUGAUGAUGAUGAUGAUGAUGACCUUUAGCAACGCGUAAUGAUGAACUAAUGAUAUUAACGCGAAGAUAAUUUCGGAUGCGGAUAUUAAUACAAACGAUCCAACAUAAUAGACUUACUCCCAAUAAAGAUGCAUAAGCCGUAGUAUGAAAAUCAGAACAAAUGAAUUACCUAAAGGCUAUGAAAUCUUCAAACUAACGGAAGAAACUUCCAACACAUUUUGCAUGUCUUGAAUCGAUAAGAAGCUAAGUAGCUAAGGAGCUGCUGCAACUAAAUUGCUGCAAACAGAGGCAAUGUCCAGAAAUUUUGAAAACUAAACACUAAAGAAUCUAAUCAUUCAGUCGCUUAAACUAAAUAAUGAAAAUUAAAAAAAAAAAAAAUGUGUUACGCAUUGUAUUGUCGUUAACUAUUCAAGAUUGAAAUGUUUUCCUAAUUAUUUUAUAAUCUAGAGUCUAAAUGUUAGUUUUCAAUAGCCGUGCAUUUUGCAAGAGUAAUUCUAUUAUUAUUUAUUUUUUAUUUUUGCUAGUUUAUAUAUUAAAUCUGAUAAAUCUAUUUAUACUUUGAGGUAAACGUUACAACUCCAGCAUUUAUCAUAUCAAGCAAAUAAUAUUAAGUAAAAGAAG